AAGAAGGGUAGAGAGCAGGGGGGUGCCGACCUAAUCUGUAAAUAAAUCUCCAUUUGAACCGUCGCAAGUUUCGCGUCGUUCGUCAACCCCUCUUCUUUCCAAUGCCAUAUACAUAUAUGUCAGUUCUAUAGUUUCACCGCCGUGAUAGUCGGCUACCGUAUCCCAUGGCCGACUCUAGAACGCUUCGCAUAGUCACUGCCGCGACUUUCUUACCUGCAUUCCCUCUCUGCCUCGCGCACGGCAUCGUCUCGGGUAGCCCCACCCCCGCCGUCGGCUUGGUGCCCCUCGCCUUCUCCGCCGGGGCAGGCAUCUUCAUAAACUCACGGCAGUCUAGAAGUAAGCAGCCAUCAUCUGAACCCGAGCCGGACUUAGAGCGCGGAGAUGUCGGGGAGAGUGCCCUGGAGCAAGAGUACGAGCGCGGGCCGGAGACGGACGACACACCGCAGAGCAGAGAAGCAUCUGAUGCGCCCACUCCAGCUCCAGCGUCGAGAUCGACUCCGACCCACCCUUUCCUUACAUUCGCCGUCGACUUGAUCCUCGCCGCUGCGCUAAUGGUAGUUCUGGUGUUCAUUUGGAUUGAUUCCAGCAGCGGUAGCACCAACAGCGCCGAGUCAGCUAUGCUAGCCGCGUACGCGACAAUCCCGCUGCUAAUUAAUUUCUUAAUCCAUCUCUUCCUAGCGGUACGCGAAUUCUCCCGUGGCCUCGCGAUUCCGGGGCUGACGCAGUACCUCGCGUGGCAGGCUGUCCCGCCCGACUGUCCCAACUGCGGACACCAGCUGCGGCCGGACGCGCCGCCGCGCAUGCCGUGGCUCGACGAAGCCUCGCUGCCGAGGCCGAACCUCAACACCAAGAUCAGGAGCGUCAAGUGGAAGCUGCCGGCCAUCCCCAAGGUGAAAGCGCCACAGUGGAGGACCCCGACUUGGUUUAGGAACCGCGGCGCGCGAGGGUACGCGCCGUUGUUUGUUUCUACCGAUCCUCACGACGACGACGACCGCGACGACCGCGACGUGGAAGAAGAGACGGCUGCACCGGUUGCCCCGUAUAGAGACGAUCCCGAGGCGGGCGAGCCGUCGGCUCGGUUUGAGGAACCCGAGAUGCCGCAACCGGAAGUGAUUGAAAUCGUGGGCAAGAAGAGCAAGAAGUUAAGCAGGAAUUCUUCAUCGUCGCACUCGACCUGAGAAGAGGAAAGGGAUUCUUCCGGAUUCAUGUCGCCACCAAGAUGGCCUCUUUUCUUUCUGAUAGCUGUCUUUCCGAUCUAUUUUUAUCUUCAAAUUUUGCGGCUAUGCAUCGUUUAACGGGGGAUGAUGUUAUGGAAGUGGUGGAAAGGAGGUAUGAUACCCCUAUGUUUAAAUGCUGUUUCCGGCGUUCAUUUAAAAAGUGGCAAUUUUCAAUGUUUUAGCUUAGGUACGAAGUCUAUAUAAAUUGAGAGACAUAAGAUUGGGACGAAUUACUUGGACUAGUUUUACGACAACACAGUACGCGAUCCAAUGUCAUAAUGGCUUAAAAACAAGCAUCACCAGAAACAAGAAAAACCCUAAUAGGAGGUACCUAGAGUUUAUCAGUUGCUACGCCCAGGCAUUCCCUAUCUCAUAAAUUCUUUUUCCUUCUAAAGCCAGUACAGCCAAAUAGUACCCAAGAAAUACUAGAAAUGAAUGAGGUUUAUUAA